AUGUGUGACCAUCAAGAAAAAGACCACAAGCGUGGAAAGACUGCAAACUCAAAAUCUCACCCAACGACGAACCAUCACCAAAAUCAAGGCCGCCAUCAACACCAACACAAGAAAAAGUCCCACCAGUCAGAUGACACUCAUAGCCAAGAAACUAGCACCCAUUCAUCAGCAGAGGGCAGCCUCUUCAGCGACCACCAGCCCGACCAUCGACGACCAAGUGUCAAUGACCAGACUCAUCGUCCUCCCUCUCACCGUAACCAUCACAAGCAAAGUCACCACCGGGUUUCUCUCACAGAAGCCUCCAGGAGUUCCUCCACUAGUUCCUCCUCACACUCCUCUUCCUCUUCCUCUUCCUCAACAUCGUCCUCCCCUUCCUCCUUCUCCUCUUCUUCCCUCUCUUCCUCCUCCUCAGCAUCUUCCUCCAGCCUGUCCUCUGACUCUAGUGGUGAGCGUUUGGACAAACCUCCACAGAGGAAGCCCCAGCACUCCCAGUCCUGUACUGAUAUUUCAGGGAAACGCAGGUAUUCUGAAGAAGGAGACGACACAGCCCCGUUGAUAGAGGGAGGGGGUGAUCAAAACAAACAAUCGACCAGAAAGAAAAGAGAGAAAGGCAAGUCCUCCCGCAACAGACCGAGCCACAGCAAGAGGCAGAAGACUGCGAGGGGCUCUGGAAAUGAUUUCCGCAAGUCCAAAUCCAUGGAGGCUCUCACUGGACCCAGAGACAGUGAUGGCGAUGGAAGUUUGGAUGACAUUGAACAAGAAACAAGUAAAUGUGAAGCCAAGAAGAAUUUAAUGAAGGAAAAAAAGAAGUUCUCCGCUUUUCUGAAUGAGAUCACUAGGCAGGUGCUCAGCCCGAUGAGACUCACCACCCUCGGGGUCACAGAUGCUCAAAGACACUGCAGUCCACGGCAGGCCUCCUCCACCAGAGCCAGUAAGAUAGACAGCCGCACUGAGAAACACAGACAGCAUAGGAAUCGGCCCACCAGUGCAGACUCAGUCACCUCCAGCAGACACUCUCACACCAGUCAGCGCUCCACUCGACUCUCUAACUCUCAGUCCUUCCCACACCACCACAGUUAUGAUUCUGCAGACUCGCCCAAUCACAUGUAUCACAGGCCCAGAAGCUGCACUGACAUCAGCCGUUUAAGAAAACCUCACACUCAGACUCCUCAGCAUCACAACCGCUCUUCUUCCUAUAAGUCCCGCCACCGUCACCAAGGAGAUCACACUUCCAGUCACCAUGAUCAUCACCAUGACGAAUGCAGGAGCCCAAGUCCUCAGCAUCACCACGGACACUGCCGUCAUCGUCAUCGUCGUGGUGAUCACCAUAGCCCAACCCACCACCACGGUGAACACCACAACACUGUUCAGCACCACAGAGGCCACCACAGCCCAUCCCAUCACCGCCACUAUGGAGACCAUCAUCAUGGAGAUCGCUACAGCCCAGCUCACCACCAUGGACAGCACCACACUGCAACUCAUCACCCCCAUCGUCAUGGAGACCAUCGUGGCCCUGCCCGUCAUUAUCACCAUGGGGAGGACCAUGGUCAUGCUCCUCACCAUGAAGAUAAUACAACUCAUCAUUAUCAUCAUGGAGACCCCCCCAACACAAGUCAUCAUCGAGAAGGUCGCCACAACCCAACACAUGACCAUGGAGACCACAAUUCAGGUCACAAUCCCCAUAGCAGCCACCCAGACACUGACUGUCCUACUACACCACAUCAACACAGACACCACAGCCUAUCACCGAUUGAGCACAGAGAUUAUCACAGCCGACAACAUCACCAUCACCAUGGAGGCGACCAAAGCCCAGCACAUCACCAUCUCCAUGGAGACCACCACAGCCCACCACAUCACCAUCACCAUGGAGACCACCACAGCCCACCACAUCACCAUCACCAUGGAGACGAUCACAGUGAGGGCCAUCACCAUGGAGACGACCACAGAUCACCACAUCACCAUCACCAUGGAGAUGACCACAGCCCACCACAUCACCAUCACUAUGGAGACGAUCACAGUGAGGGCCAUCACCAUCACCAUGGAGACGACCACAGCCCACCACAUCACCAUCACCAUGGAGACGACCACAGCCCACCACAUCACCAUCACCAUGGAGAUGACCACAGCCCACCACAUCACCAUCACCAUGGAGACCAUCACAAUGAGGGCCAUAACCAUGGAGACCACCACAAUUCAAGCCAUCAGCAUCACCGUAGAGACCACCACAGUUCCGGCCAUCAGCAUCACCAUGGAAGCCACCAUACUGAAUCCCAUCAGAAUCACCAAGGAGACCACCACAGUCCAGGACACCAGCAUAACCACGGAGACCACCACGCUGACACUCAAAAGCAUCACCAAGGAGACCCGCCUGAGUCGCAUCUCAACCAAUCCUACUUCAAAAACAAUGAGCAUGACCAUCAGGGCCAUGGUGACCACCACCCUCAUCUAAAGGGCCGUUCUGAUGACAGUCCUCCUUCACACAGGAAGCCAGAGUCUCUAAUAACUGAAGCAGACCCAGUCAAGAAGACUCUGAGCCGCUCCAGCCUGGAGGAGGAACGGACAAGUUUCACCGACUCAUCGGCACAUAAGGAAGAGGCACAUGAGAUGGGUAGAAUAAUAGUACAACAGGAGAAGAAUGAAGGUCUGCAUAGCAAUUUGCUGAAUACAGCAGUGAGGAUGGAGUGUCUUGGAGAGGAGUUUGUGAACAGCCAAAAGAUUUUGGAGGCAGAGCUCCAGAAGACACGUAUGGAGCUCAGCAGCCUCAGCGAUAAAUUUAAGAGACUCCAUGACAGCUGCUCCUCAACACAACAGACCAAUAAUCUCCUGCAGCUAAAGCUAAACUCAGUGGCUCAGAAUAUGGAAGGAGAACGCGAGAGGUUGAACCAGCGUAUCUCAGCGUUGACAGAGCAGCUCGCUGAUGCCAAGUUUGGCAACAGUGUGGAAACAUUCAAAGCUGGCGAUGCCAUUAAUCCAGUGGUUCUGCCCAUCGCUCCCCCUCCGGCUCAGUUCAUGGACACCCAUAACUACGGGAACACUAACACCGGCGGCCAGGACCAGUCUCUAGGGUCAGUUCCAGAGGAGGAGGAAUCUGACUGGUCAGAGAUUGGGGACGAGAUCCCACGAUUUAUAUUGACUGGAUCGAAUAGAAUUCAUGCGUGGAGACACCAAGAAGCAGACGUGGACAAAGACAGCGAGUCAGGGGGUGAGGAAACUGUAGGCCGGCUCUCUGCACAACUGUGGCAGACAUCUCAUCUCCAAUUCAAAAUCCAUAAUGAGAUUUUACCAGCACCGCAAAGCAAUGCUUGCCCUACUGGCUUUAAGAAUCUGUCUGACAGCAUGACAGCGGAGGGCAAUUACAGGAUCACCUCAAGUCCAAACCUUGGCUCCUCCAUCCUGAUCCGGUCAGCCAGCCUGGAGGAAAUUCCUCUGGCACGGCAUCACAUGCAAAAGGAGCUGAGGGGCACAGAGGCCAUGAUGGACCUCCACCACCCCCAGGAGGACGUUAUCGGGGAUUUAGAUAAUGAGAUCAUUCAUCAUUGGAGAACAAACAGUGACAGGGAGGCAGCUAUGGGGAUGCUGGCGGAAAGCAGGAUGUCAGACGUAAAUAGUGGCCUGGCCAGCCUGCAGACGGCUGAGCAGAUGCUCAACCACUUCAUACGUGAAUCACAGGCCAGUGAAGACAAAGGUCAGGGCAGGGCGGAGGUGCACGGCUGGAUGGGAGGGAUUCCAGACGAGGUGUUGAAAGUGGAGCGUACUAAGCUCUGACAGUAGCAUGAGGCUACUGAAAUCGUCCUUUUGUCGGGUUGGUUUCAAGGGAAAGUUCAAUUAAGCUAAUUUAGUUUGGUCCAAUAACUGUAACUGCUAAACUUUAGGACUCACCGUUUUUGUUCCUAAAUAAAAAACAAUACAACCAAACAUCUGCCAAGUGGUGCUGGAGGCAACAUGAAUAUUAUAUGUCUAUAAUAUGUAAAUAAUAAAUAUGGUUUUAAUAAACAAUAUUGUUCAGUGUUUCCUCUUCACCUUGGAUUUGCUAAUUUAAUGGUAAAAUAGAUAAAGAUAUGUAUUUUUGUUGUAUUGAUCCACAUAUAUGCAAUUGUUAUUGUUUGUGUUUUCGCUUUAUUGGAUGAAACAUGUAUUUGUAUAAUGAGUAGUCCUUGUGUAUGUAGACACAUUUCCCAGUAGUAGAACAUAUGGCUGUAGACUAUUACAUAUAUAUAUGUAUUUAUACACACACAAAAUAUGUUAUAAUGUUGUCUCAACUUUAAGUGUGGUCCUUUCUUUGUGUGAAACAUGUAAUUCCUCUGGUUGCAAUAACUAACAUGGUAAAAGAAAUGCUUGCAUAAACAAAUUCUGCAAGCUUGUGUAAAUGUAACCCAUGUAACUCUGUCCAUAUAAAAUUUAAUAAA